GAGCCUUUGAUAUUGUGUGAGCUAUACGGCUGCAUUACGUUAAACCGCGCACGAGAACGAAGCAAUGAGUGAUACGAUGGACAAACUACCGAUCACGGAUCCAUCGAUCCGGAUCGUGCCGUCAAAGGAUCUGCAGCAAUUCAUUGGCAAUAAUCUACCGAUGUCGUCCCCAUCGGUUCCGGCUACGGUGCGCGAGAUUUACAACACAUUCAAUGUUGGCAGAAGAGGAAAAGCCUCCAAAAACAAGUUGAACAGCAGCUCCUCCCAGGUGGCCGACGGUGGUGGACAAAAUCAUAGCUCUAUCGAAUUUACCGAAGAAGAGCGAGAUCUAAUCAAUAUUAUGGUUACAACUAUGAAAAAGGACGGUCAAUGUGAUGUUAGUUCCGUUGAGUUCUUGGACACGAAACAGAACACUCAGCAGGAUGAUACGAACACAGGGCUGCUAAAUCUGAGCGAUAUAAAGUGGCUCUACGGAACGCUUAAGCAAUUGCGUCAAACCGACCAAACUGUACCGUACCUACACGCUCUGCUGCGCGGCUGCGAGCUUAAACUGCCCCAAAAUCCGAUACAGGAGCGCAACCCGGAACUGGAGGCCCGAUGCCAGCGGCUGCGCAAGGAGCAGGAGGACCGCGAGUACCACCGGAUGACGAAGAACGUGGACAGUAUCCGCAAGCACAUGCCCGAGGAGACGCUGAGCUAUCAAAUGAAGCAAAUCAAUCGGCAUUUGAUUGCGGUGGCUCAGUUUCUGUUCUCCGUUGCGGCCGGCUUUGCAUUUGGAUUCAUCGGAAUUGAGUUACUGGUAGGGCAGCUAGAUUUUGGCUUCCGCCUGCUGCUCGGCAUUAUCAUUGCACUGAUAAUCGCACUGGCGGAGAUUUACUUCCUGGCGAAAAAAUUAAACGAAGAGUACGAGCUGCCACCGGCGCCUGCCUUUGUUGGAAGGGAAAAACCAUCGACCGUGGUGCAGCAGCAGAGCGCUAAACCGGUGGGAACCGAAGCCAAGCGAGUGAAUAGCAAGGGAAAACGUGGCAAGGAGCACGAUGAAUGA